GCCUUGUUCCGGUUGGAUGUCGACAUAGCUACUCUUCUUUCUAUCUCGAGCCGAUUACUAGAAUUACGCCGGUGGCUCUCCCGGUUUGCAACUUUCUAGCUAUGUCUUCCCUUCUCCUCUUUUUAUCCCUCCUCCAGCUGGCUUCGGCCCACUUCCAUGUUGACUACCCCUACUGGCGAGGAGACUCUUUCAAAACACAAUACACAAGACCAUGUGGUGGCGUAAACGUAACGACCAAUCGUACCGAGUGGCCUGUUAAUGGAGGCUCACUGCUCUUCUCGGCCGGCCACCCAUGGGCGAUAACGUACGUUAAUCUUGGCAUUGGAAACGACGACUCCGUGAUCUUCGAUGUUCCCCUCAUACCCGCGUUCAACCAGACCGGCAACGGAACCGUUUGUUUUUCCAAAAUUCAAGUUCCAGAGGGUACACAGAUCUCUCCGGGGACAAACGCGAGUAUUCAGGUCAUUCAACUUAGCGAAUUGGGGUCUGCCUUGUAUAAUUGUGCCGAUAUCACGUUCUCCGAUAAUGCGGGAUUGCUGAGGUCUGAUAAGUGCCAGAACUCUACGAACAUUGGAUGGAGGCCACUUGGCGCCUCCACAUCCACCACAGGCACAGCAUCUACAGCGACAAACUCAAAUGCUGCCUCAGGCCUGAUUGUUGGCCUAAGUACAUCGAAAGGGAUUGGGGUGUUCGUUGCUCUCUUGUUUAACAUGGCUGGCGGCCUCUUCUAGGUAUAUAAAUCAUUUUAAUGCAACCUAGGAGUUGGAUAUUUGGGUGCCAGAAGGGCAUACGCAAGAAAUAUGUGAAGCAAUCAUUCCAUUGUCACAAAAGCCAAUUAAAUAUUACGGCUAGAGGACCAAAAAUGCCUUCUCUCCAAGUUCGAUUGUCAUGCGUCCAAUCAUGGAAUUGGUUGCUCUUUUUCCCACUGUGGGCCAAAAGAAACUUCGCUGUGAGAGCUAUAUCCAUAUGCAGCAGCCUUUUUAUCCAGUCUCACGGUAGGACAAGAAAGCUUCCGGAAGGAAUAAGAAUAGUGUCAAUAUCUGCAACAGUAACAAAAUCGAACCAAGAUCAAGAAAUAGAUACGUAUCGAAAACAUGACCUGGUCAAGGAUGUAAUUUACACCCAACACAAGGCGCUGGGGGCUGUGUGCUCCCAUAGAUAUCUGGUCUCUGUUCCCCGGAGACAUUCAGGUAUCCCACCGCCCCUUUGUCCAUACGGAAAAUAGCAUGAUCCACGAGCGC